GUUUUAGAAAAGAAAAAAUGAACAACUCUUGAUAAUGUCUCUUAUUUUUUUGAUAGGUGGUUGCACCUCUUUGCCGGAAACCCAAACAUUAUAAAUAGUCUCUCUUGUUUUGAAUCCUAGUGGCGGAGUGCCUACUAGACACUCCUUUACCACUAGACCAACCUAUUUGGUAUCAUGUCUCCUAUUAAUCCUCUGUUUUUUUUGUAUCUACAGAGUCUUCCAAAGCAAUUCUUGAGGGAGAAUGGCAUAAACAAGCCUGGAGAGAUAUGUCUAUUAGAUAAAGAUGGUAUGAAGUGGCCCACAAGCCUUCUACGAGACAAGAAAGGAAUAAUGAGUUUGGGAAAAGGUUGGAAAGAAUUUGUCAAAUCAAACGGCUUAGCUUCUGGAUUCACACUCAAGUUAAUAUGGGAAGACACAACUCCUGCGUUUAGUUUGUGCUGUCCAGAAUCCACCAGUGACAAAGAGCAACAAGAGUAUUUCAAACAUAUCAAGAAACAGUCUCUUUACAUAGAUCCUAGCAACAACGGAGACAAUAGCAGCAAGGAUUCAUCUCCAUCAAGCCAUAACCCAUUGGUAACAAUAAAAAUCAGACCCGACCUUCUCACAUGUAAUAGAAUGCGUCUUCCAAAGCAAUUCGUGAUGGAAAGCAACAUGAACAAGCCUGGAGUGAUAUAUCUGUUGGGCAAAGAUGAUACAAAGUGGACGACAAAGCUUGUGAAGGAAAGAGACGGGAGAAUGAAACUGGGAAGUGGCUGGACAGUUUUUGCUGAAGCAAACGGCUUUAAGACAGGCGAGUCCGUUACGUUGGAGUCAAUAUGGGAAGAUGGGACUCCUAUGAUCAGGUUUCUCCGUACAGGUUCUAACAGUUCAGAAACUAAGAAGAAUGAGUCGGUUUCCACGGAAGUCACAGAGCCUAAAACGAGUGGUUCAUCUUCAGAGAUCCAUGACCGGUUCGUGACAUUAACACUAUUACCUGAAGAUGUCAAAGCCGGUGUACUGAUUAUUCCUAGUCAGCUCUUGGAGGCUAAUGGCGUCAACAAACUUGGGAAGAUAACUAUUUUGGGUGAAAACAAAAUGGAGUUGUCAGGAUAUCUAUUGUCAAGAGGUGGAACUGUUGCUUUGGAAAAUGGUUGGGGUGAGUUUUGUGAAGCUAAUGGCGUAAAGCUAGGAGAGUCUUUCACUUUGGAGUUCAUUAAGAAACCAGACAAAACAACUCAUGUAUUCAAGUUUUGUUCUAUAGGGAGACUAACAAAUAGUCACCAAAAUGUUAAUUAGAUAUAGAAGUUGUUCCAGGUGGUGACAACUCUUCAUCCUCCAUGGUAGUAAAUCAGAGCACAUUUUUUACUAAUGAUAUACCUAAUAUUAUCAGUGACUGUGAGUAAACAAAUGCCAAAGUUAAUAGACAAUAAAACCUUUUUAUUUUGUCAACAGAUAGUAAAAUCUAACAACUGUCACGUAAUUUAUUACAUUUUCAUUUGUUUGCAAACCGUCAGGACUGAUCAGUUAUGUUAUUUAUUGCCCAUCACUCCUGUCCUGGACACUUAGCUGCAAUGUCCUCGACUAUGUCAUGCCCUCGGAUCAAUAGCUUAUAUUCUUGUUUUGACUUUGUUAGUAACAUAAUAUAAGCAGAAACUAUUCUUCCACAUGAUCUUCAGUGAUAACAUGAACAAAGUUUUUAGUCAAAAAAAAAAAAUAACAUGAACAAAGUGUUAUUACUGUUUCAAC